AUGUCUUGCCAUUUCAACUUAUUGCCCCCGUCACGAAUGAUUGCCUUGAUAUAUGUUGAAAUCGAUUCUAAGAAGUUGCUUACGACUUGCUACACUCCAAGCAACUUUGUCUUUGAGGGGUAUAUCGAGACAAGUUCCCACAUGGAGGGGAAUAGAUUCACAUAUCAACAUCGUGACACGCCCAAACUGUGUUCCAAAGACUUCUUGAAUUCAACUCAAGCCUCAUCCAGAGAGGCUUUCUUCCUCUGUAUUUCUCGUGUCCCUGUCCAGUCCCGUCCCGUUCAUCCAUUUGGCCGAAGGAAACGACACCAAUCGUCAUCAUCCAUUUCGUUUCCCAUCUCUAUGCCGUUUCUCAAGUCCUUGACUACCAAGCCAGACCAAAUUUGCCCUCUGACCUUGCUUAAAACAAUAAUACAUACACAUACACUUCCCCAAUUAACACCAUUACAAUGCCUUUCCCAGAUGCAGAAACUUUUUUUCGAAACAAGAAACCAGCAGAGAGCACUCGUGACCCCGACUCAUGACAAAAGGGGUACUGUAGAGCCCGAAAGAGAAAAUAUGUACAGCUGA